AUGCAAGCCAUGAUUGAUCCCGAAGAAGAACGUUAUUAUGCGGCAGUUGACCCCAAUAAUGAACAAAAAGCAUCAUAUAUUUUCAGUGGGCAGAGCAUUUACUCAAAUGGCAGGGGUGGCUUUUCGAAUAUUUUGUAUUUCCUUUUAAAUAAACAAGAUAAGUACUGGCGCGACGCCGUGGCCGUUUCGGAAAGCAACACACCGGUACAAUAA